AUGGCGGCAUCUGGCAGCAGACAAUUUCCACAGGUCUUUCGCCGACAGUCGCCCAGCGCGGUCGUCGUCCUGCCCAAAGAGCAGCAUUGCCAUUGCGGCAGAGCUGAUUUCGCUCUUGUCGCCCACGUCCAGGUCCUGACAGUGGACCGGCAAUCACUGGACGUCGCAGGACUUCACAAGUAUCAGAGGUUCAAGGUGCGUCGGGGCACGGGGGAGGUUUCCAAGAAGCUUGUGAUCAUGCGGCUCGUAUCUGGGCUGUUGGCACUGUCCCGCGUGGGUAUCGUUCCAGCCGGUACUGACUGCAUCGACAGCUGCCUAGGCACUUUACUGCGUCGUUCGCUUUUGCAAGGCUGGUUUCAGUUGGAGGUCCGCAGCUUCACAGCGAAGAAGUUCGUGAUCAUGCAAGCAAGUGCACCCAGAAAGCUGCUAGAUUCGGGUUCGACAGCAAGUGCUGUCGUAUCUCGACAGUUGGCGCUGGUUCGUGUGGGCAUCGUCCCAAGCCGUCGUCGUGUAACGAAGGCGUCGUGUCAUGUUCAAAACAACCUCUGCGACAGCAUUGCCACAGAUUUUGCCGUCAUGUCGUGCGACGUCGUUUGCGGCAUCAAACAUCUGAUAAGGUGCAGUUUGUUCGUGUGCCCUCGCGUGAAGUCUUUGGCGUUGCGCUCGUGCGGUGGCCUUCCGUUUGGGCCGGCUCUACAGUUGCGCUGCUGA